UCUUCACCCGUCAUUUGUCAUCCUUCUUUUUCAUUGGUCAACCGUAAACACUCUUAACACUUUCUCAAACUCUCUAAUCGGAGAUGGAGGCAGUCACAGCGGUUAAGCCACUGAUCAGAGUCGCUGCUCUCUCCGGUUCUCUCCGUAAAACAUCUUGCCAUACUGGUCUCCUCCGCGCCGCGAUUGAUAUGACGAAAGAGUCUGUUCCGGGAAUGGAAAUUGAGUAUAUAGACAUAUCUUUGUUACCGUUGAUUAACACCGAUCUUGAAAUCAACGGUACUUAUCCUCCGGUUGUUGAAGCUUUCCGGCGGAAGAUUCUUGAAGCUGACUGUGUCUUGUUUGCUUCUCCUGAGUACAAUUUCUCUGUCUCAGCUCCACUUAAGAACGCACUUGACUGGGCGUCAAGAGCACCUAAUGUUUGGGCUGACAAAGCCGCUGCGAUUAUAAGCACUGGUGGAAGUUCUGGUGGAGGAAGAGCGCAAUAUCAUCUUCGACAAAUCGGAGUAUUUCUUGAUCUUCAUUUCAUCAACAAACCAGAGUUUACUCUCAAUGCGUUUCAGCUGCCUAAGAAGUUUGACGCAGAAGGUAACUUAAUCGAUGAAGCCGCUAAGGAAAAGUUGAAACAAGUCCUUAUCUCGUUACAAGCAUUUACACUUAGACUUCAAAGGUAAGCAAGUCAAGUGAAUCAAUUCAUUUUGAUCAUGUUGUGACUUGUGAGGUUUGGUCGAUCGUUUGAUGAAUGAUGAUAAUGCCCAAGUCAGUGAAGUGAGCAAAAUUUCACUUUCUCAUUAUAUAUUUAUUACGAGUUUAUCCAA